AAGUCAGUGUGGCGUACGCCGUCAAUAUACGCGGACGCAUUCAUAUAUAAAUAAAUAUAUACGUACAUAAUAAUAGUGUUGUGUGUUUGUGACAACGAAAAUACAGUGUUACAAGUUUUAUAGUUAUUCUGACUAUAUAAACAAAAUUAAUAUACCGUGCGUUUGGAAAAAAAUUUGAGUUAAAUAAAAAAGAUAUACCCUCAAAGAAACGACGAUAAUCCAGUACAUCAACAAGGAAAUGAGUUUAGUGUAACAUGGCACUAAGCAGGAGAAGCCAGCUGUCGAUACUAGUAUUGGUAAAUUUAAUUAUAAGGAACUAUUGCGAUGUGCCCUCAAAUGGAAGCGAGGAGUUCAAGCCGCUUGGUAUGAUGAUGGAUGAAGGGGUUAUAGUUGAUGAUGAACCGAGCGAGGAUCUGGAGCUAGCCAAAGAAGAGAAUGUUACCAUUACAUUAGGUAAUGGAACCGACGUGUAUGAUGAAGGGGGUGACAUAACCACAGCCAGUCCCCUGGAGAUGCUGUCGACUUAUAGGGACGUGGAUUAUGGUACGAAUAGCCAGCCUGAAACGACGAUAAAAAGCUUAGAGGACGCUAAGAACACGACACAACCCGAGGAGUUGUUCCAUCAUGAGAACCCUGGACAGAGGAACCCCAAAACUGAAGCAGAAAUCCAGCAGAGCUUCGAUUUAAGGACAUUCGAAAAGCCAAAGCCGGCGCCGUACAUGAACCGCAGCACGACACUCAAAUCCUGGCUCGAAGACUCCUGGCUGAGGCCACCAGCCGGCAUUCUGGUGCCGCUGAGGCCCUUGGCGCUGAAUCGGGCUUUGGGCGUUUGGAACGAUUUGGCCAAUGAAGGCUUAAAUUUGACAGACAUCGUCAUAGUUGGCUAUGACUCCAACGGCGUAAAUUGGAGAUCCAGGCACAACCUCCAAACUUCCAGCGGAACUAAUGGAGAUAGGGCUGUCGGGGACGCUUUGUCGAAGCUGUUAUUGAGUUACCAGGACGUUUACACCGAUAGUUCGAACGACGGCACGAUGAGGGCAUUAGCUUCCGCUGCGAAACUUGUGCCGUAUGACAGUGCUCUGUUCCUGGUGACUGACAAAGGAGCUGGUGACCCUCAGAGACUGCCUCUAGCUUUGAGGGCGUUAGUGGAGAAAAGGUUGAAGGUGUACACUAUAUGGACGGAUCCCAGUCAUCCAUCAGUUGAGUCAGAGCUGGCACUGCAGGACUUGAGGAACAUCUCCUCGCACACGGAAGGCGAAGUGUUGGCCUAUUCACUACAAGUUAUAGAUGAAGACAACUCCAAUCUGGCCUCGGAAGUUGAACUCCAACCAUGGGAGCCAGUUUCAUCUAAUCAAGCCAGACGAGCUAGGAUCAAUAACCAUCCGGAUGUGGAAAACUUUGAUACUCUAUUGGUGAGACGUGGUAGAGCUGAAGCCCUUACCUUGGGAAUACCAGUUGAAACAGGAGUGACAGCACUCCGUCUUCUGCUGGAAGGGGCGAUUGAUCACGCCGUAUUAUACCCACCCAACGAUGGUCCUCAGAUUGACCUGUACAAUGAGACAUCAGUGAAGAUGUAUUCAGCAUCGUCGACUAUUGAGAGCAUAUCGCCACAGGAAGUCUAUAUCGUUGUCCCAGGAUGGAAACUGUAUGUAGACAUGCUGUCAGUGUUGCCGGUGAUGUCGGCGGGUGAGGACGUCGCUAUGACCGGCAUGUGGCACCUGAGUGUCAGGUGUGACACUUGCGAUUACAGACUAACAGUCAGCGCUAGAUCACACAUACAUUUCGACGUUGAAUUCGAUACUGAAGAUUCGUUGAACAUCAAAGUCACUGGGAAUGUUGCUAGUGUGAGAGACUCCUCUGUUAUCGACGAGUAUGGAGCGACUAUCGAAAAACUAUCAUUCAGCUACCAACCAUCAACGGAGGCUUUCGAAAACAAAAUGGCGGAUAUCUUUACCAGUGUCCCAGUGAGAAAUGUCUCGGGAAACAGAGCCUAUGUCAAAAUAGCGGGAAGAGAUUUCAAAGGCGAAACUUUCGCACGAGUCGCUGGACCUAUACACGGUGAAUCUGAAGUGAGAAUGGGAAGAUCGGCUGCCAUCAUCUUCCCAGAGAGCAUCAACGAUCUAGAGGUGGCUGAGGAGAUGAACUCUAAGACGUAUAACGAGAAAAUACAGAAUGAGAGCGAUGUGCUGUUCCAGUCUGAGGUGCAAUUACAACGUAAUCCCGCUAUGACAGCUGUUCAAAUCGGUCUGAGUUCAAGACUUUAUGGCUCUCCGGAAAGCAGAUUACAGCUUCAUUUCGAAGUCACUAACUUGAGGGAUACAUCCGUGUUCUAUCGUUUCGGUGCUGUUGGUGAACUGAGGUUCUUGACCGGAAUUAAUCCAGAAUCUCAAACAGUGGCUGCUGGUCAAACCGUCAACGUCAUAGUCAGCUUAUUGAUAGCAAGCAACGCUCAGGUCGGAGCCAGAGACCUCAUCAAAUUCACCGCUUAUGGUCAAUCCGAACAAGUAUCCCUAUCCUCGUACGUGUACGUGGUGAGCAGCGGAGACAACAUCAGAGACCUCACUCCGCCCGAUGUCAGACAUAACUUCCAAGGCACAUGCCUAGGCAGACUGGGGAGCGACUGUGCUGAACACGUCUGGUCUACAUCUGUGAUCGCCAGAGACGCCAUGGGAGGUCUUCUUCGGCUAUCAUCAACGCCAGCAGGAAUAUCCUACAACGCUGGCUUCAUAUCAGGUUCCAGGGAUGAGAUCAUAGCCACGUACAGAGCCAACUGCUGCGCCCCGAGGGUUGUUGUAAAUGCGGUAGACGCUUUUGGGAACACCAACACUUAUACCAUUGACAUAUCAAAUUACAUUAAUGAAGCAACGAUAGCCGCUAUAGCCCUAGGUGUUAUAUUAAUAUUAAUUUUAAUAUUUCUUAUAAUAAUACUGACGUACUUCUGCGUAAAAAGAAGGAAGGAGUCCAGAGAGCUACCGACCUACUCAACUUCCAGAUCAUCGAGAAACAUUACUUGAUAGCAACAUUAAGAAAAAUAACACAAAAUUAUCAUUUAUCAUUAUCAUUAUCAUUAUCAUUAACGAUAAUGAUAACGACACAUUCCAUUUGAUUUCCAAAACUCUAGUAUACAGAAUGUUAAUUUAUUUAUUAGGUUAUAAUUAUUUUUUUUUUAUUUAAAAUAUAAUCAUUAAGUUUUUAAUGAUCAUUAUAAAUAAUUUUAUGUUCUAAGAAAUGGCGCAUGGUAAUUAAAUAUUACCUUCAUUCCUUUCAUUUUAAGUGAAUUUUAUAUAUACGUAUAUAUAUUACUUAAGUUUAAAGACUAUGAACCUAGUUACCUUUGUAUAAGAGUUAUAGGAUAACAUUUUAUGAAACGUCCAAAGCCUUUGUUAAUAAAAAAAAAUAUAUACUAAUUAAAUUCAUUUCAUUUUAACUGUAGAGUUAAAAAAUCUAUAUAUAUAUUUUUAAUAUUGGCAACAUUUACGUUUAACAUUAGUUGUAUACGGGUAGUAUUAUUAAAAUUACUAAUUAAGUAUUGCCAUAAUCGACUAACUGAUUUUUGUUUUUUUAAAUAAAUUUUUUUGCAUUUC